CCAGGCGCUCUGAGGUUCGCUCAACUCCUUAUUCUCGUCAUCAGUCCUUUCGGGGUUCCGAUUCCAGCUUCUACCAGCCACGUCAACACAGACCGUUUCAACCCAGAGGCUCCUUUCAGCAGGACAAUCAGCAGGGAACUACAAUGGACCUUGCUCCCGUAUCAACGAAGAGGCCAGUCCACAUCACUAACAAGAAUUCGUCUUCUACCAAAGACACUGACAUCACUCCAGUGGUGGCUAUCAGACGCUCUGUCCAAGGGCAGUCGAUUCAGAGAACCCAACAGAAUUGUCCUUACGACAGAUGCCAGUCUCACAGGAUGGGGAGCCCACCUGGGUCCAAAUAUGGCUCAAGGCUUAUGGUCAGCACAGGAACGCAAACUCAAUAUAAACCUUCUAGAACUAAGAGCAAUCCACAAGGCCCUUCUCCACUUCCACGACUUAGUGAAGGGUCAGGACAUUCUUGUGCUCACAGACAACACAACAGCAAAAGCCCAUAUAAACAGAUGGGGAGGCACACAUUCAAGAACCCUCAUGACAGAGACACUGACCCUCGGCCACUGGGCCGAAUUCAACCUUCUCUCGCUUCGAGCUUCCCAUAUUUCAGGCACAGCAAAUGUUCGGGCGGAUGCCCUCAGUCGCCAGCAAAUAGAUCAAGCGGAGUGGAAACUAGAUCCAGCUCUCUUUCAAAAGAUUUCCCUUCGAUUUGGUCUUCCCAAGGUGGAUCUAUUUGCAACUCCCUCAAAUCAUCAACUACCCAGAUUCUUCGCCAGGUUCCCGUCCCCAGGAGCGGAAGCGGUCGAUGCGCUAAGAUCACCAUGGCCACUGGAACUGCUUUAUGCGUUCCCUCCGCUUCCAUUAAUUCCCAAAGUAAUCAGAAAACUCCUGGAAGAGAAGGCCGAACUAAUCCUAGUGGCUCCUCAUUGGCCUCGGAGACCUUGGUUUGCGGACCUCAAAGCUCUUUCAGUAACAACACCUUGGCGCAUACCAGACAACCAGAUUGCUCUCAGUCAGGGCGCUCUCACCCAUCCAGAACCUCAGUGGUUACAACUCACCGUCUGGCGAUUGAGCGGGACAUCUUAGCAGGUCU